AUGGUGGUCCUACGACAAAUGCCCUUGGCUCUCCAACCGUUUACCGAACAGGAGACUGUGGUCAAUAAUCAGCCCACCAAUAGUAGCGCCAUCGCCAUCACUAUAGAUACUACCUCAAGAAUAAUUGCUGCAAAACAAGCAGAUCAACAACAACAAAAUGAACUCACUGCAGUAGACACGGGUGAUGGCGAUGACAUUCCCGCUGCCAGUUGGGAAUCGAAAAACCAACCAGAUUCCACUCUGCCACCCACUGCCUCGGUCUUUCCACAAUUCCUUCAAGACUACAUAAAAUUCCACAAUCAAAAUCGUGGACAUCCCGCCGCCAAAUAUCUCAUUUGGAGAUGUCCUCCGAACGCGGGAGGAGGCGACGUCUCCCAAUUUCUACAACCCCACACCAUUGAUUGGACCAUCCCCAAUUCCAUCAAGGCAUAUAUGCAAACAUUGGUCAAAUACAGUGCCGUGGACAGUUACUCCCACCCCUUUUUUCAACAAUUACAAAUACCCGCCCGUUUGGCAGACAUUCCCAUGAUUGAUAUGCGCUCCAAUCUAUGGAGUGAACACGUCAAUGCCGUUGUGUUGGUCAAUGACACGAAAUGCGUCCAAAAACAAUUGUGGACCAAAGAACCCGUACCCAAUCCAUUUGCACCACAACAAAAGGUACUCUUUCGCAUGGGAUUCUGGGCACUCUUUACAUUUGCCGAUCAAGUACACGAACGAAAACUCAAUAUGCAAAUGAGAACGGGAUUGUUACUCGAACAGCAAUUGAAACGACAAGAACGAGAAGAAGCAAUGCAACAACAACCAACUAGACGACGAUUGCAACAAGAUCCCCUCCAAUUGAAAAUCAACCAGGCCGUACGGACUCAUUAUGCCAAGGAAACUGCACGCAAACAAAAGGCCAUGAUUCAACAUCAACUGGCAGAACAGGAAAAACGAAAAUCACAACUCCAACGAUUGCAAAAGGAAACCGCCAUGGCCGGGAAAACAACCCUCCAACCCUACAUUGCCGUACACAUUCGAACCGGUAAUGGAGGAAACUCAUGGAAUGAUCCGGCGCGACACAAUACCGGGCAAGACUUUGAACAAUUCUAUCACUGUGCCAAACGAUUGCAAGAUGGAAUUUAUCAACGGCAACGACAGCAGUGUCUUGACAACAACAACAACAACGACAAAAAUACUAGCGGCAAUACUACCACCACCUACGACUAUGAUUAUCAAAGACCACUCCCACCCCUUCCCAUUUACGUCGCCGCCGACAAUGUAAUCGCCAAGCAAGCCUUGGUCGCGCUCGAUCAACAGCAGUCGAGUCAAACCAUUCGGGUCUUGGAACAAAUGCCCAUUUAUCACAUUGAUCGAUCUCGCAAGGGAGGUCACGGAGACGAGAACACGGUAUGGGGAGAAUUCAAUGUCUUGCUGGAAUCGACCUGUCUCGUCGAAAGUCGCUCGGGAUUUAGCGAUUUGGCCGCGUGGUUGCAACCCGCGCACGGGAAACGAUGUGCCAUUUUGUACAGCAAGUGCAACGAUCCCGUGAAAGUGGCAGAAGCCUUGGAUGCCUUGGAGUUUAAAUGCUGA